AUGCUGUUAAAGAUUAUGUAUUCACGAGAUACUUCUCUCAUCAUUUUGGGGGUUUUCUUUUCGAUAGUUGCGCUGGUACAUGGUGGGAAGAUGCAGUUGAUGAAUACGCCUUUAUUAGCAACUUUCUACCCCGAAGAAUCCUACGCCGGCUUCCCAUUCAAGAUCCACGCAUUCUACGAUUCGUGCUAUAACUUCCACGGCCUCGUCGAAUCGGUCACUCUAGGCAAGGUGACGGAAUACUGUGAUGUGUAUGCUGUGAUGGAUUGUGGUGAAAAUGAGGAAAAAACAUCGUACCGAUCAAUAACAGAACCCACACCCCGAAUGAUGGAUAAACGCGACGGAUUGGCUGUCCCUGGUCUUGGUGCCAUAAAGAGUAUGCGGUGCUAUCUGGACGAGGCGAUGGUUAAGGAGCAAAAGGAGGAUCUGAAAUAAAUGAGGAUAGAAAUACGAUUGGAACAGCACCUUCGAGUCCCGCAAUCUAUUUGCAAAAUAGAGAUUGUGGAAUGAAAAGACAGGAAUGGUAGGCUUGACGCCCCGCGAGGAAGACCGAAAACGGGGCAUGAUUGUCAGAUCCGGAAUACUUUGGCAGGAUGGUAGCACGGGAUGUCUCGUCUGGGGGAAUCGUUGCGGGGAUUCAAAAGCUGAGGGCUACAC